AGUUCGACUUCAGGGAUGCGUAUAACUGUAUCAUUCACUAUUCAGCACAUACUCAACACACUCUCUCUGAUAAUAAUUAGUAAAUGAUGAUAAAGUCAGAUUUUUAGUAAAUGCUUCGUGUGUGUUUUCCGUGCGGAAGUAGGUCGCUGCAGAGCGGACGCGUUUUCUCGGCUGUGCGGUUGAAUAACAGAAGCUAGCUCUAAACCGAGCUUAUGAAACCUCUGAGACAGGCAUCCAUGGCGUCACAUUAGCGCCGUUAGCGCUCGCGUUGACUGCCGACAGCCGCUAUGGCAGUUUUGUUAUUGCAGCACAGUGCUGGCAGAGGUUCAUUGUGGACGCUACUAAGGCGAAAAUGUCACGUAAUAGCGAAAAGGCCUUUAUGCUGCGACGGUGCGCAAAAUGUGCCGUCCAGGUGUGCUGACGUGAGGAACACACUUCUUAAGAAUCAGCAGCAACAGAAACUUAUACAGAGUCUUCUUCAAAGACCUUUGGGUCCUGGCUUGGUGGGACUUAGAAAAGAGCUAAUUAGGAAUAACCUGCUCAGGAACCCUGUUGGUUUGGCAAAUUUACUAGGGGCCACAAAUUUCUUCAGUACAUCUCAGUCUAAACAAAACAACAAUAAAAAGAAUGGGCCAAAGGGAAAGACUCCAGAGGAAGAUGAAGAGGAGAAGAAACGUCGUGAACAGGAGGAUCAGAUGUACCGGGAACGCCUGCGGACCCUCUUCAUCAUAGCGCUCAUCAUGAGUCUGCUGAACUCCAUUAACACCAGUGGAGGUAACAUCUCUUGGAACGACUUUGUGAACGAGAUGCUGGCCAAGGGGGAGGUUUCUCGUGUACAGGUCGUUCCUGAGAGUGACAUUGUGGAAAUUUACCUUCAUCCUGGAGCAGUCAUCUUCGGAAGGCCUAGGCUGGCGCUCAUGUACAGAAUGCAGGUUGCCAACAUUGACAAAUUCGAGGAGAAGCUGAGAGCUGCUGAGGAAGAGCUGAAUAUUGACACCAAGGACAGAAUACCAGUGUCCUACAAACGCACUGGAUUCUUUGGAAAUGCAGUUUAUGCUCUGGGCAUGGCUGCAGUUGGUGUGGCGAUUCUCUGGUACAUCUUUCGACUAGCUGGCAUGGGUGGCAGAGAUGGCGGCUUCAGCGCUUUUAAUCAGCUGAAGAUGGCCAAGUUCACUAUUGUGGAUGGGAAAUCGGGUAAAGGUGUGAGUUUCAAAGAUGUGGCAGGCAUGCAUGAGGCUAAGAUGGAAGUAAAGGAAUUUGUUGACUACCUCAAGAAUCCCAAACGGUACCUCCAGCUUGGUGCCAAGGUUCCCAAGGGUGCAUUGCUUCUUGGGCCUCCGGGAUGUGGGAAGACCCUGCUGGCUAAGGCUGUAGCUACGGAAGCCCAAGUACCCUUUCUGGCUAUGGCUGGGUCUGAGUUUGUGGAGGUCAUUGGAGGCCUGGGCGCCGCUCGUGUCAGGAGUCUAUUCAAGGAGGCUCGCACUCGAGCACCCUGCAUCGUCUACAUCGACGAGAUCGACGCCGUGGGAAAGAAGCGCUCCACAAACAUGUCAGGAUUCUCCAAUACUGAGGAGGAGCAGACUCUCAACCAGCUGCUGGUAGAAAUGGAUGGUAUGGGAACAACGGAUCAUGUCAUUGUCCUUGCUUCCACUAACAGAGCAGAUAUUUUGGAUAAUGCUCUCAUGAGGCCAGGCAGACUGGACAGACACAUCUUUAUAGAUCUGCCAACACUGCAGGAGAGAAGAGAGAUCUUUGAGCAGCAUCUGAAGAUCUUGAAGCUGACUCAGCCAGCGAAUUUCUACUCCCUGCGUCUGGCUGAGCUCACCCCAGGCUUCAGUGGCGCAGAUAUUGCUAAUAUUUGUAAUGAAGCUGCUCUGCAUGCUGCCAGAGAAGGGUACAAGUCCAUCGAUACCUUUAACUUUGAGUAUGCAGUGGAGAGAGUUAUAGCAGGAAGUGUAAAGAAGAGUAAGAUCCUGUCUAAAGAGGAGCAGAGGGUAAUUGCUUUCCAUGAGUCUGGACAUGCGUUGGUGGGAUGGCUCCUUGAGCAUACAGAGGCAGUCAUGAAGGUGUCCAUUGCCCCACGCACAAACGCAGCUCUAGGAUUUGCCCAGAUCUUACCCCGUGACCAGUACCUGUUCACCAAGGAGCAGCUGUUUGAGCGGAUGUGCAUGGCUCUGGGAGGAAGAGCUGCUGAGGCAAUCACCUUUAACAAGGUUACUACAGGAGCUCAAGAUGACUUGCGCAAGGUGACACGUGUGGCCUACUCCAUGGUGAAGCAGUACGGCAUGUGUGACAGUGUCGGGCAGGUCUCGUUCCCAGAAACAGAGGAGCAAGGUGCCAUUGGGCGCCGUCCUUUCAGCCAGGGCUUGCAGCAGCAGAUGGACCAUGAAGCUAAGAUGUUGAUAGCCCGUGCAUACAGACGAACAGAGAAGCUGCUCCUGGACAACAGAGACAAACUGACACUGUUGGCCAACGCACUGCUGGAGCGCGAAGUGGUCAACUACGAUGACAUCGAAGCCUUGCUGGGUCCACCACCCCACGGGCCCAAGAAGAUGAUCCUUCCACAGAGCUGGGUGGAGGCUGAGAGGGACAAACAAGACACAGGAGAGGACGAACCUCAGCCGCCUCCCCGCAAACAGACUGAAGAGGACAUAAACCCUCAGCUAGCCUGAUCUUAGAACAUACAGUGUAUUUAUUCCCUUCUUUAGUGCUUUAUAAUUCUGACAGUGAAAUGAAAGUUUCUAAAACUCUACAAUCCAUGCACACGUUUGUGGAAAUGAACAUUUGCACUUGUUUCCACUUAGCUGACCAUUUUAGCUAAUAUGUGUGAUAAUCUGCAACUUUGAGAAUGAAUAUUUUUGGAGGAAUUCUGUAAUUUCUCUCGUGUUUGUUCUGGAGACAUACUGUUAUGAAAUGUUAGCAAUAAAAGCAGGUGUGUUUAAGCGGGACGUCUCUGACAAACAUAAAUCACAGGCAGUCUAGAAAAGGCCCCCGAACAGCAGUUAGCUGUUGGGAUGUUCUGUGCCUCAGACCAUCCCAACAUGUAUCCUAUUAUCUCUAACAGAUGUGAUCAUUUUUAUAAAAAUAUAUGGCACCAUUAUACAGGUUUAGGCUUCAGAUAUUUCUUUGCAGAAUUUCUGCGAUUUCACAUCAGCAAAUGACAGCAAAGGAACUGCUCGGGCAUCUGUAACUUCAGUUAUUCUUUGCUGAAAAUUAUUUUUUUGUUUAAUGUUAAGCCACAUGCACAAAAUGUAUUGGCAUGAAUUCAUGUGAUUGGCUUUUAAAAAAUAGAAACACAUCAAAGUGUGGGUUAUUGUGCAGUGAAUCGCAGUAAGGAGUUACUGUUCUGAGGAAGCUACACUCUGCAUUUUGUAAAAAGUGUAUGUCGUGGUGGGGGGGGUUAGGAGGUGUUUUCUUUGAGAAACUGUUAGGGACUGUGCAUUGGUUUUACUGCUAGAGGUGGAUAUAAAGUCCCAAAGAAUGGU